CGGAGGCCGGCCUCUCUCCCCGCCGCGGGCAGAGCCCCGCCGUAGCUACGAGGAGUCUGUCCGAUGGCCGGCCCGCAGGCUGGGUAGGGGAGAGGCGGCCCGUCGCCCUGCGGAGCCGCGUGAGGGGCCGCUGGUGCCGCCCGGCUGCGGCCUCGCACCCCUGUGGGACCCGCGGAGCGCGUCAGGCUUCGUGCGAGAGCCGGUGCCUCGGCUCCCUCGCUGCGGUGCAGAUCACCUGUGGCCCUGAUCUGCACUUAUUCCUUUAUGUAUUCGUUUGAUGUCCUUUUCGGGCUGCUCUCCGUGCUGUGAGGUUUGAGCACUGAUGUGGGUGUAUGUCUUCCUUCCUAUCUGUAACACCUAGAAACUUUCCACUUAAACCCAGCAACAGCCAAGAGAACGUUACCUGGGCUUCUCAUAUGAUCUCUCAUUAGUGAGAUGACAUCGCAAACACGUUGUGAGAGGUUGGGUUGUUUAGCCCUGUUGCUCUUUCCCAGACUGGCUUUAACUCCCAGGCUGACGUUUUCAGUCUUGUCCAUCCAGGUAUCUCAGUGUUACAUUUUCCCUAGAGGUACACUGUGCAGUUGGAUUAAUAAGGGCAAAGGUGAUCAGAUGAACUGUCUGUGUGAAUUGCUAUACUGCUGUCUCCAGUACCAGCAACACUAACUCAGGACAUUGGAGUAAACGGAGUGGACUUCACCGUUGAUUGCAUCAGCUGUCUGGAGACUGUGCUGAUGGACUCCCAUGCAUGCCCUGUUGUGCCUCCCUGUGAUUCGUGCUACCUGUACUAGCAAGAUUUAUUCUGAUGUCAUUCAUUGUGCCAGUACUCCUUCCUUUGGAACAGAAGCAUGCACUGAAGUGCUAGGUAGCCUGAUCUGAAAAUAUCUCCUUAAUUGGCCCCGGGAAUAUUUGCUUCUGGGCAACAGGCUGAGAAACAAAUACAGGCAGAGCUAGGCCUUAAUGAGCACCACCAGAAUGAAGUGAUCAGCUACAUGCGCUUUGCUCGUUUCAAGCGGGGCCUGUGUCUCAAAACAGUGGAUUCUUGUUUCCAGGACCUUAAGGACAGCAGACUUGUUGAGGACACCUUCACGGUUGAUGAGGUGAUAGACAUGCUGGAUGGACUGCAGACUGUUGUCCACAGUGAGGUGGAGUCAGAGCUCAUCAAUACAACUUACACCAACGUUUUACUUCUGAGGCAGCUCUUUUCACAGGCUGAGAAGUGGUACCUCAAGUUACAGACAGACGUCUCUGACCUGGAGAAUCGGGAAUUGUUGGAGCAGGUGGCUGAGUUUGAAAAGUCAGAAUUUACAUCUUCAAACAAGAAGCCCAGUGCAGAUCUCAUUAAACCAAAACUGGCUCCAUUAAACGAAGGUGGGUCAGAGCUGCUAAACAAGAAAGUUGCUUGUCUCCAAGAGGAAAAUGAAAAACUGAAGAGCAGACUCAAGACCAUAGAAACACAGGCUACAGCUGCACUAGAUGAGAAGUCCAAGCUAGAGAAGUCAUUGAAAGAUUUACAGAUGAUCCAAGGAGAUCAAAGGACCAAUGCCAACCAGGAUAUCACUGAACUGGAGAAUAAGGUGGCAGCUUUGAAAAGCCAGUUUGAGAAGACUUUGAAUGACUCUACUGCAAACCAAAAAUUCUUGGAAGAGGACUUAGUGACGGCAAAACAUGACUUGCUUAAGGUUCAGGAUCAGCUCUCCACAGCUGAAAAGGAGCUGGAGAAGAAAUUUCAGCAGACAGCUGCCUAUCGCAACAUGAAAGAGAUUCUCACAAAGAAGAAUGAACUGAUAAAGGAUCUACGUAAAAAGCUUUCCAAAUAUGAGCCAGAGGACUAAACCAACCAAAAGAGCCGGUCUGUCAGAAGCUGCCACAGAGAGAAAAUGUAGACUGCUAUUAUUUUUCCAAGAGUUUUUUGUUUUGAAUGGUGUAUUUUUGGCUUCUAGCACGUAAAAUAACUUUUUAUUAUAUGAAUAACACACUUAAACUUCUGCCUUCCCUGCACACCCACAGUCUCUAGGUGUUUAGUUUCUGUGAGUACGGUUUUAUCGUUAACCAUCGUCAUUCCUUGAAAAAAUAGCAAGCAGGAGUUUAUUGAAGAACUGAGACCAUUCUCUCCAAAGAAAAGAGUUUCUUUUUGGUAAGAAAAGGUAAAAAAGCAAACUAAAAAAAGAAGCAUUCUGUUUUUUUGGAUGCCUCUGAGGUGGAAAUUGCUGUUGUCACAUUGGUAGAGUUAAUGCAGGCACACAGUGGCAUUACAUGGGAAUGCUCCCAUCAGUGGGAGCAAAAGGUAGGAGGAAAAGAAAUGAUUCUCUGACGUUAUUUCACAGGGAAGGUGUCUCACCUCAGCAAAAUGGGGUCAGUGAUGUGCUAGAGGGUGUCCAUUGAGAGAAUGAGGUUAAUACUGUUUCCAGCAGAAGUGCUGGAGCCAUUCAGAAGCAGCCCCUCAUUGAAGUUGUGCUUUUUCAGUUGAAUUCAUUCAAAACAAAUUUGAACAUCAGAAGACAGGUUCUGAUUUUGGCAGUAUUCUUGAUGUUGAUCUGAAAACACAUAAGGAAAUUGCUAAUGGACCAACUUGUUUGGAAAAUAGUAAGUUAUUUUAGAUAUUCAGCUUACUUGAGUCUUUUACUUGGAUGGAUCAAGAAGAGUGUGGGCAGCAGGGCAAGAGAGGUUCUUCUCCCUCUCUACUCUGCCCUGGUGAGGCCUCAUCUGGAGUCCUGUGUCCAGUUCUGGGCCCCUCAGCUCAAGAGGGACAGGGAAGUGCUGGAGAGAGGCCAGUGGAACAAAAAGUUCCACUUAAACAUAAGAAAAAACUCUUUCACUGUGAGGUGAGGGAGCCCUGGCACAGACUGCCCAGAGGGGUUGUGGAGUCUCUUUCCUUGGAGGUCUUCAAGACCCGCCUGGACACAUUCCUGUGUGACCUGAUCUAGGUGGGACCUGCUUGAUGGGAGUUGGACUGGAUGAUCUCUAAAGGUCCCUUUCAACCCCUACCAUUCUAUGAGUCUAUAAUCCUCUGUCUUGUGUUUAUCUGUCAGCCUCUUAAUAGUACAUUCUACUUGUUCAUCUGUCUCUCUUCUUAUCCAUGUUGUAUUUUACUCCAAAUAAAACCACUGUGUCUUCAAACA